UGGAAAAGGUUAUGUGUGUACAUAAGUUUAAAUGCGACAUACAUAUGUACUAGAAUGUGUGGGGUAUAAACAGUGUGUACUACACAUUCAUCGACAAAGCGCCACUUAAUGGCGCCUCUGGCAGGUUGGUACUCACCAACACUGUUAAUCCUCACACACACUUGCAUACACAAAGCACUAAGUACCGCCAUUUUUUUCACAAAGCGUGUUUCAGUUUCGGCUUUCUAUUGUUACUAAUAUUUUGUUCAAUUACAUUAAAUAAUUGUUUAAAAAAAAUUAAACAAGUCUGACAGUAAGAAUUAGGUGCAUAGAAAAAAAAAUAAUACAAUGUUUAUUUUAAAAUGUAAGAGAGACGAUUCUGUUUGUAAAGUUGAUGAUAGUGAGGUUAUCUAUAAUAAAGAUAGCCCGCCUAAAGAUGGUGAAGACGUAAAAUUUUACUACGGUGGCAAACAAGAAUUUGGACAAGUGAUUAUGAUGUCUGACAAUAUAAAAAAAAUUAAUACAAAGUUUGAGCAAAUUAAACAAAGUUUAAGGAAAAGAACGCGUCCAAGCUCAUCUCCAGAAGUUAAAAAGGAAUCUGUUUCAACAAAAAGAACAAGGAAAAUAAAUUCCAAGUAUAACUCAUCAUCCUUUGAAAAUAUGGACCUCUUAAAGCUUCCGAAAGUCCGUGAAUCCGAAAAACGAGAAAUUAAGGAUGAUAAUAGAAAAAAAGGUGACAAAAUAUUGCAGAAGCUAAUUGAAAAAGACAUAACUGGUGAACAAAGUAAAUCUGAAGAUUGCGGAAGUAGUCCUUCCAAAGAUGAAUUAAAAAAACAACUGGCAAAAUUGCAGAAAGAAAUCAAAAACUCCAAAAAAUCAGAUGUAAUAACAGAACAAUUAGAUGACGAUACUGCAUUCACUUCUCACACUGAAUUAAAAAAAAACCAAAAUUAUAAUACUGACUUAAAUUCUGCUUCUGAAAGUGAUACAGAUGAUAGCUUAUCAAAUGUCAAUGAUCAAAAGUCGAGCGAUGUGCUAGAGACUAGUGGAAAUAAUGAUGAGAGUCGUCAUGAGUCAAAAAUAUUAAAAGGUGACAAUAAUAAUAAGGAAAACAAUCCUCACAAUAUUGUAGUCAACAAGACAAGUCCGGAUGAGGAGACUACCGAAAAAAUUAGUGAUGAUUGCAACGACUCUGAUCUUUGGGGGAAAGAUUGGCCUGGAGAACCCAUGUGUAAAUUAAUGAACAAAAUAUACUGCAAAGAAACAGAGUAUAGAAUGUGCAAAUCACUGUGCAGCCAAGCUUCUCACGUUGUCCGGAGAUUGAUCCCAGGAGUUUUUAAGCCAAGUGGUUAUUUGACUGCUACGCUGACUGGACAAGCUCCUAGAGCUCACGUACAAGAAGGAAAAUUAGCUCCAAUGAAAGCAUUAAAUUCUGUAGCGAAAAAUGAGAUUAUUGACUUCGCUCUGGCUUUAGCUAAGAACAAGAAAUGGAUGACUCCAAAAGGUGUUCCUCAAACUAGAGAGCAACUAGCAAGUGUUAUGUCUCAACGAAUUGGGGAGUUAAAAAGAGCUGAUCAACUUAAAAAACAAACUAAAUCUUAAGCAAAUAUUAGUUGAUCAAUAUCUUUUCCAUAAUUUUUUUAAAAAUAUAUUUUUGUUUAAUUAAAUUAAAGUUAAAUUUUGUGUCUUUUAAGAUAUAAGAUCUUAUGUACUAAUAUGAAUGAAACUGUUAACAUCGUUAUUUGCCAGAUAAACUUAUAAAAGUAAUAACUAUUACUG